CAAAUUAUAUCUAACUGAAUACUUAAGGCAGCUUGCUGGUGCUGGGAGGGGUGCGGUAUACGUAUGUUAAGGAAUGCUUGCCCGCUGGGAACAAAAUGCCUUGUAGGCAAGCCCAGACAAGUACAGACAUGUUCUGUGGCUAAGGGAAUAUGCGCAUGGGCUAAGAGAAGGCAGCCAAUAGUAACGGUACAGCGUGUUAAGUGGGAGAAACUAUAUAAGGCUGAAGCAAGCCAAAUGGGGUGGUGCUUGCUUUGCGAACGAUCGCCAAGCACCCCUCUCUGUGCAGACUUGAAACAAUAAAGAUUAAGUUGGAUCCUCCACCCCGGUGUGUUUAUUGGCAAGAGCGCACCGGGCACGAACUCACACUGUCCUUUGGGGACAACAAUUUGGCGACCCAGAUGGGACCCCAUUGACCGCCUUGCCCGGUCCACCUCCUCGGCUCUGGCAAUGGCUGUGGACGGCGCGAGGGCCAGGCGCCACCGGCCCUUUUCAUCGGAGGUCGGACCGCCUCCUGGUUGUUUGACGGAGCCGUGGAGGGGCACAACGGCGCAAUGCUCAGAGGAACAACUUAAUCCGACGGGAUGAGGGAGGUCUCAACGGACUGGUGAGUGUCUCUUUUGAUUUACGGAUAGCUUGGGUAAGGGAGGCGGCUUUAAAAGUUCCGACCGUGUAGACGCCCUAGGAGAGCAAGACCGGGUGGCAGUCCCGUGAACUCCCUUUAAUCAGUUUGGUUCUGAGGCUGAGCGACGGUCGCCAUCCAUUGUUUAAUAGAUGAGGACAACAACACCACCGUCAGCGUCUGUAGGCGGUCACCAGUCAAUACUGCCAGCGGCAUCCACAGGUGCUCGCCACCGCUGCAGCCGCCCGUGGGCAAUCCCCACUCAAUCCAUGCUUGCCACCAACAUCAGCACGGCCGCCUGCGGGAGCUCACCGCCACCACUGCCCGCAGGCGCUUGCCAUGCCCCCCCAGGCUCGGGAGACACAAAGCAUUCAUGCCCCAAGGUUUAUUCAGGUGCCUGCGCAGCAUUGGUCAGAUUGAUCUAAAUACUUUAAUACUCAUAUUGGCGCCCGCUGCUUUUUCUUUUAAAUUUGAAUCUGCCCUUGGGCACAUAAAUGUUGGGAACCCCCGCUGUAAGGGGGAAGUUGCGGUUUCCCACGUUUUCCUCCUGCAAAGGAGAAUCCAUUUUUAAAGUCUUGCAACUCACUUUUGGGUCAUGACCCAUGGGUUCAGAAAUGCUGGUCUAGUCCAUGCCCCUGCUCAAAGCAGGACCGGCUGCAGCUAAAUCAUCCCAGCCAGGGCUUGGUUGACCUGUGUCUUACAAAAAAGGAUGGAGACUCCACAGUCUCUCUGGGUAGCUUGGUGCAGUGCUUUAUUAUUCUUAUAAUUUCAUUAUCAUCAUUUCAUUAUUAUUAUUAUCAUCCUCAAUUGUGUGCCAGUUCCAACUGGUGAUAUUUGGGAACAGUUCAGUUGUUAUAUGUGUCUGCACCCUCUGGGGCAGAGGAGCCAGUUUGUUUUGAGCAAAUGGCUGUGCUAGGACAGGAGCAGCCGCGCACAGCCCUUACUCCGCAGUAAAUUACCCUGGGGUGAAAUUUUCGAUGGGGGAAUUUAUCUCAAAAAAGAGGGGUUGCUUGUCAUACGUUCGCUUUGGUUUUACAGAAUAAAUCAACUUCAGUAAAAGUGCCGUAUGCCUAUAUCCAAUGUUUCCCUGGGUUUAAAUGUCUGAAUGUCAGCCUGUAACAUAGUUAAAACAUUUGAAAGGCCGUCACUAAAAGAGCAAUCAUAGGCACUAAAAGACUGUGUGUCUGCAAGCUGAGAGAGGAUGUAGACAAGCCUGGAGAGGCAGGUGUCUGAUCCGAAUUACAGUUUCCUUGUCCCAUGGCCAGGUGAGCGGGCACCGUUCCCUGCCAGGUGCAGAUGUGAGAGCCCGGAGAUACUGCAAAGAGGGGGCUGAACAGAGGGCGAUGAAGAGUCCACUACUGGCCAGAGGGCAGUUAGAUGGCAAGAUAGUACAGGGGAAUGGGUGCCCAUGGUGGGUUGUGGGGAGGCCUGUGACAUAUUGAGUAUUACAAUUGUCUGGGGCUGCUGUUUGCACUGCAGUUACCGUGGGCAAGCGAUCCCUCACCUAGGGUGCAGUGGUGUCUGUCCCGUAGCUCUGUGAGUGGUGACUACUUUCUGGGGUAGGUUAUGGGAGAGAUCUGUGUUGCUUCAGCAAUGAAGACAGCGCCUCCGUGGCUGGAAGGCUUAAAAAUGUCUCUGUGGCUUCCUUGGUGAGAGAAGCCAGGUCUGAGCUGGAAUGAAGUGACUAAGCCUUGUCCCAGCAUGACGGUAGGUCUGCCCCUGCGCCCAUGGUGGGGGGAACUGUGUUGUGAUGUGGACCAAAGGCCCAUCUGAAACCACCCUUCUCCCUCUGACAGGUUUCAGAGUGACAUCCACGCUUUGCUCACGGAGCGGCCCAGCCUUCUAGGGUGACAGGAGAGGGAGGGAGCUGCAGCAGGGAUGUCUCAGGGGCUGGUAACCUUUGAGGAGGUGGCUAUGUAUUUCACCAAGGGGCAGUGGGCUCUGCUGGAUCCCAAUCAGAGAGCCCUCUACAAGGAGGUCAUGCUGGAGAAUUAUGAAACGGUAUCCACGCUGGGAUUUCCUGUUCCCAAACCUGACAUGAUCACCCAGCUGGAACAAGGAGGAGAGCCGUGGGUCCCAGACCUCCAAGGCUCUGAAGGAAGAGAGAUGUCAAGAGGAGCCCACACAGAUGUGUGUUGUGUUUUUACUGUAGGAGUUUUUGGAAGUUCUUGUUUAAACGUGAGUUCGAAGCCCUCGAGUAGUGUUGGUAAAAGGAAGCACUUUACAAGAACAAUCCAGGAAAAAAUCUCAGCAAUUGAUCGUGUCAAAAGAGGUGAAUUAAAAGCCAAGGUGUGUCAAGAUUAUGGGGUCACUGCUACCACUAUUAAUGACUGGCUUAAGCAAGAGUUUCGCCUUCGUACUCGACUCGCUGUAUCUGGUGGAUGGUCAACCGUAAAAACAUUAAAAAAAUCAAAAUAUGAUGAUUUGGAGGAUGCUCUGUAUUUAUGGAUCAAGGAUGUAAGAAACAAGGAUUUGCCUCUGAAUGGACCCAUUAUUUGUGAAAAAGCUAAAGAGCUGUAUCGGGUAAUGAAUCCAGACACCCACGAGGAGUUUCCUGCAGCAUCUGGUUGGCUUUGGCGCUUCAAAGCCAGAUACCAUCUUAGUAAUUCCACCAGCUUUCCAAGCGAACGUGCAAGUGUGAAUUUGACAGCUGCUGAGGAGUUUAGGAAAAGGUUUUCAGGAAUGGUGCAAGGCUACAGCCCACACCAGGUGUUUAAUGCUAGUGAAUCGGGCCUCUUCUGGAAGAAGAUGCCCAUCAAAACAUUUAUAACCCUCGAUGAGAAGGCAGCACCCCGUGUCAAGCCAAGCAAAGAUCGGCUCGUGCUUAUGUUCUGUGCAAACGCAUCGGGAAAUUUAGCAUUGAGACCUUUGCUGGUUUAUCGAGCCCAACAGCCACGGGUAUUGAAAAACACAACUAUGGAAAGACUGCCAGUUGUAUGGAAGUGGAAUAAAAAGGCAGGGAUGACAGCUGCAAUUUUUGAGGACUGGUUUGUUAAUGAAUUUAUCCCCACUGUGAAAAGUUACCUGAGUAAGAAGAAACUGGCUCAGAAAGCAAUUCUUCUAGUAGACAAUGCUGCUUGCCACCUUGAAUCAGUAAACACCUUUGAUGUGAAUUUUCAAGUGGUUUUUCUCCCUCCCAACACUGCUUCUAUCUUGCAGCCCAUGGAUCAGGGAAUAAUAACUCAGUUCAAGCGUUUGUACACAAGGAAGCUUCUCUCUCAUCUUGUUGUUGCCACCAAAGAGGGCACGGAAAAUAUUCGCAGGUUCUGGAAAGAGUUUACCAUCAAGAAUGCGAUUCAUUUGAUUGAUGAGGCCUGGCGAUGUAUAACCUCUUUAAGCUUCACAGCAGCCUGGUGCAGGCUAUGGGUGGACAUUGUCACUGACAUACAGGAGUUUGAGUUGGACAGGGCACUGCAAAACAAAGGACUAAAAGACCUGGCAAAUCAGAUUCCCAGUGGAGGGUUUAACGAGAUAGGGGAGGAUGAUAUGGAAGAAUUUUUGGAAGACCAUUGUCAAGAAUUAACCGAGGAAGACAUUUUGGAACUGAGCAAUGCAACGGAAACAGAAGCAGAAGACAUCAAAGCAGAGGAGGAAUAUGAUACAGAUGUAUCAGGAAUGCUCCAAGUGGCUGAUCUAGCUAAAAUAAUGACUACAAUUUCCAGCCUCAGGCAGCUAAUUGAGGAGCAUGACUCUGAUCCAGCACGAAGCUUCGCAGCUACGAGGUGUGUUAGUGUUUUACAGUCAAUCUAUGAAAAGAUAUAUCACGAUAGUUUCCACAAGGAAAUGAUAACAGAAAAUGUCUGUGUUCAAACAAAAAACCCUCUUGAGGAGAAAUUCCCCAAAGGAGUGUUUGUCCGCUGUCAGAAGCAGGGAACUGUGAAUUCCAACACACAGACUGAGCUCCAGGCAGAGGCAUUCGCCCUGGAUCUGCAGGUAGAGGCAUUCGCCCUGGAUCUGCAGGUAGAGGCAUUCGCCCUGGAUCUGCAGGUAGAGGCAUUCGCCCUGGAUCUCCAGGCAGAGGCAUUCACCCUGGAUCUCCAGGCAGAGGCAUUCGCCCUGGAUCUGCCGGCUUCAGAAAAAAAUGAGACCACAAGAGGCAGCCACACAGGUGAGGGGAUGGUGAGUGAGACUGAGGUGGACAAUCCCCAGCCAAAGAGUCCUGAGCACAUGCAGCCAUGGGAGACAUCAGUGCGAAGAGCCUCGCAGUGCUCAAAGCAGGGAAAGCCCUGUAAGAACCAGUACCAGCCAAGGGAGCAGCCAUGGGACCUUCCUGUGAAGGGCCAGGAGAAACCCAUGUGCAAUGUGAGGGGUGAGGAGAAAGCCACAAUCCCACCAAAGAGCAGUGUGAGAAGGAUGUCGUAUGAGUGCACCGACUGCGGGAAAACUUUCCAUCAGAAAUCCAACCUCGUUGUGCACCGGCGGGUCCACACUGGGGAGAAGCCCUAUCCCUGCCCUGACUGUGGGAAGCGCUUUGGCCGUAGGGCUCACCUCGUCCGGCAUGAGAGGACCCACACGGGUGAGCGCCCGUAUCACUGCCGCCGCUGCGGGAAGAGCUUCCGCGACAGCUCCGACCUCAUCAAGCACCAGAGGACCCACACCGGGGAGAAGCCCUAUGCAUGCCCCGAGUGCGGGCGGUGCUUCAGCGAUGGCUCAGCCCUGAUUAAGCAUCAGACAAUCCACACGGAGGAGAGGCCCUACCAGUGCCCCGACUGCGGGAAGAGUUUCAGCUACAGCUCGGCCCUGAUCAAACACCAGACCAUCCACACAGGGGAGAGACCCUACCGAUGCCCCAGCUGUGGGAGGAGCUUCAAUGUAAGGUCCAACCUCAUUAUACACCGGAGAACCCACCUGGGCGAGAGACCUUACAAAUGCCCCGACUGCAGAAAGAGCUUCAGCAACAGCUCACACCUGAUCCGACACCAGCGGAUCCAUACGGGGGAGAGACCCUAUAAAUGCCCUGACUGCGGGAAGAGCUUCCGUGACAGCUCAGUCCUCAUUACCCAUCGAAGGACCCACACGGGGGAAACGCCCUACAAGUGCCCCAUCUGUGGGAAAAGCUACAAGGCAAAGGUCUCUCUCACAUCCCACCAGAAACUCCAUGCAGGGUAGAAGGCAGUGGGAACUCCCCCUGUGGGGUGAUGGGUCUAGACCCUCCUGAAGCAAAGUGCAAAUGUACUUCACUUGAUGGGCUGGGUUGGAGCAUCAAGUGGGUUGAGCAGUUUGGGAUUCAGUGUAUGAUGGCUGGCAGGAGCUGGUGAGGAAAUCAGCAGCAGGUUGGCAUGUUCCACACGCACUUUACAAUUGAAGAUGGCCUGUGCCAGUCUGUCUCUGAGGGAUCUCAGGGCUUCUCAGGGUUGGGGCAGGAGGUCCUGUAGGGUGUGAUUAUAUGACAAGGAAAGCUGCUGGUCUGAAAUGCUAGGAUUUCAGAGUGAUGCUCAAUGUGCCAGGCACCUUACCAAGUUGAGUUGAGGGCAGGUGGGAAAUAGAAACACUCCCUUAGGUAGGAAGAGAUUUUUUCCACCAAGGGGGGUGCCGUUCCUAUGAGGGCAGCAUGUUGUAAUAGUGAGAACAGGGGAUCCUGGGAUUCAGGACUCUUCGUUUCAGUGCCAAGUUUUGAGAGCCACGUCUAAGGGAGGGAGUGGGAUGACUGGCAAUGAGGACUCCUGGGUUCUUUAACCAAGUCUGCUAAAGUCUCUUUGUGUGACUGUAUGCCAGACACUUCUUUUGCUCUCUGUUCCUCCCCAUCAUUACAAUGGCAAUCAUAAUAGCAAUAGCCACCCAUCUCUGCUUAGAGCCAUGAGGCAUGACUAAGUAUUGGGUAUUAAGUGGCUCAGGAAAAUGAAGGAACCAAGGGAAGGGGAAUUUAGUAGUAGCAGCAGUAAUAAUCAUAAUUAUAAUAUCUGACAUCCUCUUGCCCCUUCCCAGCUCUCUCUGUCAGCAGGAGAGUUUUGUUGAGCCAAAGGGAAGCAUUUUAGCUGGCACCCCUCAUUCUUGUUUUGCUCCACAUUGACUCAUACUCCACUCCCCUAAGAUAUAACUGUGCUAAAAGGGAUUUCAAUGGGGAGAGGGUAAACCUGGGGAGAAGUCUUGUGUUUUUGGAAAUCCAGGUAUUUGCAGUUGUCUUUUUUUUUCUGAAAUGCUAUUUCAAUUGGUCUGCUUAUGUUUGAGCAACAGGCCAUAUACAUUUUCCACAGUUGGUGGCUGCAUAUCCAGAGCACAUGGGUGGAUGGACUGUCUAGUCAGCAGUGACCUCUGCGUUGGAAGAGGUGCCCUUCACUUCCUCUUCUCCUAGACAAAGGUUUAGGCUAUUGGUCUUCAGCUACUGUCCCAUCACCUGCUGGGUGACAACACUGGCCAGUUCACACACUGUGGUUAACAUCAGAAAUCACUCUACGUGUUAACAUGAUGAAUUAUGUUUUUAUGAAAAGCAGAAUUUCCUGUGGCCACAAGCAAUGCUGGAGGGUCUUUUGUGCAACCUCUUGCCUGUGAGCUGUGAGUCUUUCUCAGAUGACGUGGACAAGAGGUUAAAAUUUAAACUCAUUAGUAUGGACAAAAUGUAACCUAAAAUAGUCAUUAUUUUCUCAUGUUUCUCACUUUGCUGUAGCACUAUUAUAUAGUUGCAGCUGGUUACCCAGAUUACAGGUAACCUUGCAAGUUGGCUACUGAUAAAAGAGGUCUAUAGCCCAGCUUUUUAUUUAUUUGUACUUCAAAGUAGAAAAGCAAACAUGUAUCCCAAAGCCUGUAUGGCUACUUGUGACAGGACAACAUAGAUUUUCACCGAUACCAGCUGGGAAGACUCAAGAUUGGCAGCACAUCUUCUUAAAUUUGCUGAGUUCUCCACAUUUUCCUUCAGCCUAUGCCCCAUAUUUAUAGAUGGCUGGUUUUAACGUUCUAAUAAAUGCCUGUUGAUCCAUUUUGUUUGAAUGUGUUUCAUUGAAACGUUUGGAACUGGACUCAGCCAGGUUUUCUGUGGAUGUGAAAGGUUUGUUGGGAUUUAUGUUUCUGUGAAGAUUACACUUCUGGAGGGAAGGAUUCGUAUCCCCUCUCUUCACCAUUACUGCUUGCCCUCAUCCGAUUUUACCCAUCCACAAAAUUUAUGGUCUUCCAAUAAAACAAAGCUGCC